ACCAUUUCGACGCUGUAGAUGUGGCCGUACGCCUUUCCAAUUUAAAUGUUACAAUGUUCUUUAAAAUAAAAUUAAUUCGUCUUCUGUGAUAUUAAAUUAUUCGGAAUGAAAGUACGAAAAAAAUAUUAGAGUAACUGUUUGGGAUUAGUGAGUGGUAAAUUGUGAAAAUGUGUUUAUUUAAAAGUAGUUUAUAUGUUUUAAUAUUUCUUUUGGCUUGUGCCGAAAUUAGCACUGAUGUAGAAGGCAGUUUGAUGUCUAUGAUGGACUUCAGAUAUUGGCGAUGUGUUAUGAAGCGAGAGAUGAAAUGUCCGGAUAGCGAAGUAAACUUCUUCCUAUUUACACCGGAGCGGCCUUACAAGCAGUGGGUUCACGUCGGCCACCGGGACCUCAGGGACUAUGGCUGGAAAUUGGCCAGGAAGAAUGUUUUCAUCAUUCACGGAUUUAACGGAACACACGCUAAGACGCCCAUAUCAUUCUUACGAGACGCAUACCUUUCUCGCAAAGACUACAAUGUGUUUAUGGUGGACUGGUCAAUGCUGUCGAGGUUCCCAUGCUAUAUGUCAGCGCUUUCGAACAUGAGGUUAGCAGCACAAUGUACUGCUCAACUAUACUCAUUGUUGACGCAAGCCGGGGCUUUAGCGAAGAUGACGACGUGCGUAGGACAUUCCCUGGGCGCCCACGUCUGCGGCAUGAUGUCGGAGCACCUCACACAAAAACAGUACAAAAUUGUAGGUCUGGAUCCAGCUCGACCGUUAGUAAGUGAGUUCGGCUCCCGACGGUUCCGUUUGACCCGGGAGGACGCGCACGUGGUACAUGUGCUGCAUACCAACGCCGGCUUCUUAGGGGAGAGUGGCCCCAUAGGACACGCAGACUUCUGCAUUAAUGGUGGACAAAGACAGCCCGGGUGCAAGGGACAUCUUAUGCGUAUAUCUCGAUGCAGUCAUUUCAUGAGUUCGUGUUACUUCGCGGCGAGUGUGCGUCGUCGUCUCCACAUAGAUGCCAUCCCCUGCGAUAGUACAUGUCCCAAACAAGGACGCUGGGGACUUCGGAUGGACAGGAAACCGGUGUUAUUAGGCAACGAUAUUCCUGACACAGCUCGGGGGAUGUAUUGUGCGCAAGUCGACAAUGAAGAGAAUUGUCCUUUCGAUUAAUCAAGACCUGUAAAUUCGUAAUGAUAGUACAAAUAUGAUACAAUUAUAAAAAUAAUUUUGUUAGGGAUUUACUUAAUUUAUGUUCUUGUUCUUAGAGAAAACAAUAUUUUAUUUUAAUGUUGUCGUUUUUAUUUUUAGUUUUAAAUUAUGUGAAUAUUUCAUGAUAUACCAAGAUUUGUGUGCGAUGUUGUGUUUCUCGGUGUAAACGUAACUGAUACAACGGUGCAGGAGAAGUUGCAAUCGUCGCUGUAGAAAACAGAUUUGAAGGUCAUGUCGCCGUACAGAAACAUACCACCGUAAUACUUCUGAGCAACUUUCUCUAGAUCAAUGUUAAAAGCAUAGUGGCCCUGUAUAAAAAACAGAAUUUGGUUUGAAAUAUAACAAUUAUUAAUAUCUGUCACAAUCGCUUAUAAAUUUGCUUCCUUAUAAUCGGAACAUGGCUAGUCGGAUUAUAAAUUAAUAAAGUUCACAAUCGUUCAGUGACAUUGUAUAGUUUCUUAAGUUAUUCAUAGUAUAAUUGUUUCGUUUGAUGAGAUCCAAAAUUUUGUGUUCAUGAUAGCAGACCGGGAACUUUCAUCUUUUGCAAUUUUAAAAAAUAUUUAUAUAAAUAGCCUACAGUAAUGCUGCGUGCAUCAGCUAUAUAUUCUAGUGAAAAUAAAUAAGAAAGACUUCUGAUAAUGAAAAAUUAGAUAAUUACUUUUAU